AUGGCUGGUAAGGAGGUACAGGAGUAUGUGGAGUGUACUAUGGGAUCACAGAGGAUCACUCGGGUGGCCACACCUUCUACAGGUGCACGUAAACGACACAUGUCAGCACCAGGGUCAGGUGAAUUGUCAGCUAAGAAGUUAAAAAGCCUAAAUCUUGAGCCUUUGCAAUCUCUUGACUUUGAAAGUGAUCGUAGAACUGUGAGUGCCAAGCGUAAGGUGAACCGCAGAUUGUAUUCCAAGGAGUCCAACAGCAGUGAGGAUAGUGAUGAUGAUGACAGUCAGUUUGUGGUAACUAGUGCAGAAGUACAUGUGAACGCUAGUACAAGUGUGGAACAACUGAUAAGUAAGCUUUCUAUUGACAUGCAUAAGAUGUAUGAGAACUUACAUAGUAGAAUUGAGGCAUUAGAAUCAGGUCUUGAGGAUAAAAUUGUGCACAGGAUAUCCAAUGUGUUUGACAAACGUUUUAGAACUGAAGUGAAUAAGUUGGAGAAGAAAGUUGAUGAUAAGAUUGAUGCAAAAUUUGACACAUUUAAGGAAGAAAUUAAAGGUGAAAUAAAGGCUGAGGUGAAUUCAGAACUUGGCAAGUUGAAUAAUAAAAUUGAACAGUUUUCACAACAAACAGGAAGUGAAGUGUCGAGAGAUUUUGAUCGUAGUGUGGCAAUACUAAACCUCCCAGAGUCUAGAGGUGAGAACAUUGAAACCAAAGUGAAUGCUUUAGUCCGUGAAGGCUUGAAAAUUCGUGACAUUAGAAUUUCAAGUGUGUCUCGAAAACGAGCAGCCAAUAAAGACAGUGACGGAGUGGUGAUUGUGAAGUUUUCUUCUAGGGAAGAUAAGCAGAAAGUUAUGUCUGCCAAGAAAUCUCUGAGAGACAGUAGACAGUAUGCACAAGUUUACAUAAACCAUGAUCAGCCUAAAAGCGAACGUGUCUUUGCAAACAAUUUUAGAAAAAUUCUUUCUGCAAUGAGGACUGGGGAUUCCAACCUUGAAAUGCGUGGUACGCAUGUCGUGAACCGGAGGGACUCAUCUGGUAGGCGUGACAAUGAUAACGGUCGAGAUAAUCGAGAUCGUCGUGGUGAUAGCCGUGGUAACCACGGUGAUGAUAACAGCAGGAGAAAUGACUACCGUGAUCGUGAUUCUGAGUGGAGUUCUGCGGGUAGACAUCGUAAUUCCCGUGGCUCGGGUCGUGGAGGACCUGGUCGUGGGUACAAUUCCCGUAGAUAG